GAAGCCGAAUGGGUUAGACUGGGCGGUGGCCCAAAACAACUACAGAACUUCGUUUUUCCCGAGUUUGUUGUGGUAGAGUACCACCAACAUGGCUUCCGUGUCACCGUUACCUGACAUGGAGCCUAUUCUCCAGGAACUGGAAAAGGGAUGCGACCUGUUAAAGAUCAAAGGACCCAAGAAAGUAUACUCACGGUUCUAUUUUCUGGACAGGGAGAAAAAUCGGCUAACCUAUGAUGGCUCUGAGAAAAUAUUUGGCAGGCCAACUGUUUCAGUCAAGCUGUCUCAAAUACGUGACAUACGUGAUGGAACUAAGGAGUUUUCUAAACGUUUAAAGGGCUCAAAUAAGCAGCUGUUAUUCAGCGUGAUCCUGGGUGGGAAGCACAAGGUGAUUCACCUACUGGCCAGGACUGAGGCGGAGAAGGAAAAGUGGGUGCAGGGCCUGACCUACCUUGUCCACAGAGACCGUUUCAUUGAGGAACAGAAGGAACAUGAGAAGUGGAUUGAGGAUGCCUUCAAACAAGCUGACAAGGAUGAGGACGGUGGAGUGGACAAGAGAGAAGUCUCCAAGUUGAUGAAGGCUUUAAAUGUGGAUAUCGACAAAGAUUAUAUGUUGGCUCUUUUUGAUGAAGCAAAUACAAACAAAGAGAGGAAUCAAAGUGGGAGGCAGUCGUUAAACGUGAAGGAAUUUGUUCAUUUUUAUCAUCUCUUUACAAAACGUCCAGAAAUGGAGGAAAUUUUCAAAGAGUAUUCAAAUGGAAAAGCCCACUGGAAUGCAGAGGACAUAAUGUAUUUUUUCAGAGAAGUUCAAAAGCUAGAAGGCACUAAAGAAGACUUUGGGAAGAAGAUAAUUGACAUUUAUGAACCAGAUGAAAAAUUCAAGACCAGUGGAAAGCUGAGUCUCGAUGGAUUCAGGAAUGUUCUGCUAUCAGAGAAGCAUAGGAUGUUUAAGCCCAGAAAAGCUGUGGUAUACCAGGAUAUGGAACAGCCCAUCACACAUUAUUUCAUCAGCUCUUCCCACAACACGUACUUGAUGGAGGACCAGUUGAGAGGACCCAGCAGUACAGAGGCAUACAUCCGAGCUUUACAGAUGGGCUGUCGCUGUGUGGAGUUGGACUGCUGGGAUGGACCAGAUGGGGAGCCAAUUAUCUAUCAUGGAUAUACGCUCACCUCAAAAAUCAAGUUUGUUGAUGUGAUCCAUGUGAUAAAGGCUUACGCGUUUGAGAUGUCACCGCCAACAGAGGAGGAGGUAGUAUCUGAAUCCCUGCGCUUCCCUGUGAUUCUCUCCAUAGAAAACCACUGCUCUAUCAAACAACAACAGAGACUGGCCUUCCACCUAAAAGACAUCCUAGGCAAAUAUUUGUACACCAAACAAGUUGACCCGCUGAAAGAUUUACCUUCUCCUGACGACCUCAAGGACAAGAUUCUUAUCAAGGCAAAGAAAUUACCCGACACAAUACCUGAAGAAGAGGUAGGGGAGGUAAGCGAUGAAGAUGAGGCGGCUGAUCUGGACGACAACUCAUCCAUGACAGAAAAGCCCAAGAGCAAGUCUAAGUUAAAGCUGGCACCUGAACUAUCAGACCUGGUCAAUGUUUUCAAGAGCGUACACUUCCAUGGUUUUGAGCAUGCUGCUAACAAUGCUCGCCCCAACGAGAUGGUGUCGUUAGGGGAGUCUAAGAUGGAGAAGCUUAUAAAACAGCAGCCAGUGGAUUUUGUACGCCACACACAGCGGCAAAUAGUGAGGACAUACCCUGGGGGAUCACGGACGGACUCCAGUAACUACGACCCCGUUCAAGCCUGGAAUGUAGGCUGUCAGAUAGUGGCGUUGAAUUUCCAGACUCCGGAUGAACCUUUGCAAGUUUACAUCAGUCGUUUCCUGGACAACGGUGGUUGUGGUUACUUGUUAAAGCCUGCAUGUUUACUACAAGAGGAUGGAGAUUUCAACCCUGAAGGUCCAUUCCCCCCAGAGUGGAAGAGGACACUACGGUUACAGGUGAUAAGUGGCUACCAGAUUCCAAAGCCCAGCAACCGCAGCAAAGGGGAGGUAAUUGAUCCAUUUGUGACAGUUCAGGUGUAUGGUGUGGGGAUAGACCAGCAGGAAGUUCAGACCCACGGUUGUCAAGAAUAAUGGUUUCAAUCCAUGCUGGAAUGAGACUUUUGAGUUCACCAUCCAUUGCCCAGACUUGGCCAUCAUAAAAUUUACUGUAUAUGACAAGGACCCUAUGUCCAAGGAUGACUUCAUUGGCUUCUAUGCUCUCCCCUUCAACUG